UCCGUUUCCGGUGCAUCGGGUAAGGCGGCUGCCGCAGGCUUUGCAGCUAAGGUGAAGUACCCACGGUUGGCCCCGGCAGCAUGAAGCCCAGGCCUGCGGUGUUCGUAGACGGGAAGCUGAAGCAGCGGGUCAUUCAGUACCUCACCAGCAACAGGUGUGGCAAAUACGUGGACACUGGGAUCUUAGCAUCUGAUUUGCAAAAAAUGUACAGUGUAGAUUAUGGCCGAAGAAAAAGAAAUGCUUUUAGGAUUCAAGUAGAAAAAGUAUUUAGCAUCAUUUGUAGUGAGAAAGAACUUAAGAAUCUUAAAGAAUUAGAGGACAAACAUCUGGCAAAAAGAGCAAGACAAGAUGAAGAAGAUGAGUACACUGAAAGUUAUUCUGAUGAUGAUUCAGACAUGGAAGAUUACCCAGACCCACAGUCAGCAAAUCACAUGAACAACUCCCUGCUGUCUUUGUAUCGGAAAGGAAACUUUGACUCUGUUUCAAACACUCCGAAGUUGGACCAGGGAGAAGCCACCACUUCAACACCAUUGCUGACUUCUAAAACGAGCGUCAUGCCAUUGAAGACCCCUGCCAGAGAAUCUGAGGGAGGAUGGUUUAUUGACAAAACCCCAGGUGGAAAGAAAGACAGUCAUCUCUUGGACUUAUCAGAUGACCAAAGUAACUUAAAGCCAGAUUCUGAGAUACAGAAUUUAACAGGUUCUCUUCUGGAAAGUGAUAAGAAAAGGAAAGGUAGGCCAAAGGGCAAAGGAAACAAAAGAAAGACGGCAGAAGUAGACGGAGAAAUAGAAGCUGUUCUGCAAAAGAAAGCUAAAGCAAGGAGUGUAGAGUUGCAGAUUUCCAGUGUGAAGUUUGAAGAUGUUGGAGGCAAUGACGCAACAUUGAAAGAAGUCUGCAAAAUGCUCAUACACAUGCGUCACCCGGAGGUAUACCAGCACCUUGGUGUCGUGCCUCCUCGUGGAGUUCUCUUGCAUGGGCCACCAGGCUGUGGGAAGACAUUACUUGCGCAUGCCAUUGCUGGGGAACUUGACUUGCCAAUUCUGAAAGUGGCUGCACCAGAGAUUGUGUCAGGAGUUUCUGGAGAAUCUGAGCAAAAGCUCAGAGAUUUAUUUGACCAAGCUGUGUCAAACGCACCCUGUAUCGUUUUCAUUGAUGAAAUUGAUGCUAUUACCCCCAAAAGAGAAGUUGCUUCAAAAGAUAUGGAACGAAGAAUUGUAGCCCAGCUUCUAACCUGCAUGGAUGAUCUGAAUAACGUGGCAGCUACAGCUCGAGUUCUAGUAGUUGGAGCUACUAACCGACCAGACUCUUUGGAUCCUGCUUUAAGACGUGCAGGAAGGUUUGACCGAGAAGUAUGCCUGGGUAUCCCAGAUGAGGCUUCCAGAGAAAGAAUACUUCAAACUUUGUGCCGAAAACUAAGACUUCCAGAAACUUUCAAUUUUUGUCACUUAGCACACCUAACGCCGGGCUUUGUUGGUGCUGAUCUGAUGGCACUUUGCCGAGAAGCAGCUAUGUGUGCAGUUAAUAGGGUCUUGAUGAAGCAGCAGGAGCAGCAGAGUCCUGAGAUGGAAGGGUUGCCCCCUAAAGGAGCCCAGGAGGAGAGGCUGGGGGCUGACCCCACUUCUGAAACACAGGAUGAAUUGCGAAGGCUGUUGAGGUUGCUAAGAGACCAAGAUCCCCUCUCACAGGAACAGAUGCAAGGACUGUGCAUUGAAUUAAAUGAUUUUAUUGUUGCUCUAGCGGAAGUCCAGCCUUCUGCCAAAAGGGAAGGCUUUGUAACUGUCCCUAAUGUGACAUGGGCUGAUAUAGGCGCCCUGGAAGAUGUUAGAGAAGAGCUCAUUAUGGCAAUAUUGGCACCAGUUCGCAACCCAGACCAGUUCAGAACGCUUGGUUUGGUGACUCCAGCUGGCAUCCUCCUAGCUGGUCCCCCUGGAUGUGGAAAAACUCUGCUAGCAAAGGCUGUGGCAAAUGAGUCUGGACUAAAUUUUAUAUCCGUCAAAGGCCCUGAGUUAUUAAAUAUGUAUGUCGGUGAGAGCGAGCGUGCGGUGCGACAGGUUUUUCAGCGAGCCAAGAACUCAGCACCCUGUGUGAUAUUUUUUGAUGAAGUGGAUGCUUUAUGUCCUCGAAGAUCAGACCGAGAAACAGGUGCUAGUGUCCGUGUGGUGAAUCAGCUGCUUACAGAGAUGGAUGGGUUGGAAACACGCCAGCAAGUUUUUAUUUUGGCUGCCACUAAUAGGCCAGAUAUCAUUGACCCUGCCAUUCUGCGCCCAGGCCGGCUGGACAAAACACUCUUUGUAGGUUUGCCACCCCCAGCAGAUCGUGUUGCCAUAUUAAAGACUAUCACAAAAAAUGGCACCAAACCUCCACUGGAUGAAGAUGUAAAUUUGGAAGCAAUUGCCAGUGACCUUCGUUGCAAUUGCUAUACGGGUGCAGACCUCUCUGCUUUGGUACGAGAAGCUUCUCUCUGUGCCCUGAGACAAGAGAUGACAGGACAGAGGAAUGCGAUUGGAACAGGUGAGCUCAAGGUCAGCCAUAAGCAUUUUGAAGAAGCUUUCAAGAAAGUAAAGCCAUCUAUAUCAGUAAAGGAUCAAAUGAUGUAUGAAGCUCUGCAGAGGUCCCUCAGUCAGUGACAUUCGCAGUACCUGGCAUGGAGGUGUCCAGUGCAUGGAGCUCAGCAAGAGUCACACUCACUCUGGAGGGUCUGUUCUCAGCCUGACACAGAUGACUUCAUUGUGAGCAUUUUAUCUCCAAAUUAUUGAGACCCAACUGGAGAAGAUGAUGUUUCCCAUCUGACCAGCUUUGUGGAAAAACUUCCUACCUCUUCAUUAAGAAAAAGAAAGAAAAGGGGACUGAUAAAGCCUUUUUUAAAUAAAAUUUUAUUUUGAAAUAUCUUGAUCAUAUAUAAAGUUACAAAAAACUUUUCCUGAGAAGUGCUCACCUCACUCCCUAUCACCCCGGAUACACAUUCAUGUAGGUUUUCUGUAAACCAGGAUAUUUUCCUAUAUAACCAACCUGUCAAAAACACUGACACAUUGUUACUAUUAUCGAGUUCCAGCCGUCUUUCUUAGCUGCUCUAAUGUCAUUUCUAGUAAAAGGGUCUAGUCUAAAUUAGCUAUUCCAGUGUGUUAAGUUUUCUAGUUCCCUUGUAGUUUCCAACAGUUUUUGUUGUUGUUGUUGUUGGGUUUUUGUUUGGAAACAGUUUGUAUAUAUCCUUGACUUGCCUGGAACUUAUAUUUAGCAUAGGCUGGCCUCAAACUCCCAGAGACCCACUUGCCUCUGCCUCCUAAGUGUUCUGUGUUCCCCAAAGCCAGCUCUUUUGGAGUUCAUAGGUCAGUGAUUGGGUUCACUUAGUUGGCAUCUUUUUGAAGAUAGAGUAGUAAACUGCACUGUCUCGGGUGUCACCUAAGACCAUCACUCUGGUCGCUUGGUUCAAGUGCUUCUGAUAGGCUUCUUUGUAGGAAGAUAUUUUCACCUGUUACUCAUGCAUUCCACCCUCACAGGAUUCAGAGUAUAAUUUUUUUAAUUUAUCUUUCAUUAUCAUGAUUUGAUUUUCAGAUUGUCUCAGAUUGUAUCUUUAGUGGAUUUCUAAGAUGUUUUGUGAGUGAUUUUUUUUUUUUUGUGUUUUGUUUUUUUUGUUUUUCGAG